AUGGCAUCAGUUUCGCUCAGCUCCAACCUCAACAAGGCGGUGCGGCAGCAGUACAUGAACCUGCCGCAGGGUGGGAAGUGCCAGGUCACCUACAUCUGGAUCGACGGCACCGGGGAGGGUCUCCGCAACAAGACUCGAACCCUGGACAAUGAGCCAAACAGCAUAGACGAUGUUCCCGAGUGGAACUUUGAUGGCUCUAGCACGUAUCAGGCUGAAGGCUCCAACAGCGACAUGUACCUCGUCCCAGUCCGCAUGUUCAGGGAUCCGUUCACCCUGGACCCCAACAAACUGGUCCUCUGUGAGGUCCUCAAAUACAACCGCUUGCCUGCAGAAACCAACCAUCGAGUGAGCUGCAACAAAGUGAUGGAGGAGGCUAAAGAGCACUGCAUAUGGUUCGGCAUGGAGCAGGAGUACACGCUGUUAGGAAUAAACGGACAUCCUUACAGUUGGCCCGCGAAUGGAUUCCCACAACCCCAAGGACCCUUCUACUGCGGCGUGGGGGCCGACCGCGUUUAUGGACGGGACAUUGUGGAGUGCCACUACAAGGCCUGCCUCUAUGCAGGGGUCAAAAUCUAUGGCACCAAUGCUGAAGUAAUGCCAUCUCAGUGGGAGUUCCAGGUGGGACCCUGUGAGGGUAUUGAGAUGGGCGACCACCUGUGGAUCUCACGCUUCCUGCUGCAUCGUGUGAGUGAAGAUUUUGGGGUUGUUGCAUCACUGGACCCCAAACCAAUGAAGGGCAACUGGAACGGUGCUGGUUGCCACACCAACGUCAGCACCAAGCAGAUGAGAGAAGAAGAAGGACUGCAAUACAUUGAGCAGGCCAUCGAGAAGCUGGGCAAAAAACACGCCGAGCACAUUCGAGUGUAUGACCCGAAUGGAGGGAAGGACAACAAGAGGCGUCUCACGGGUAUCCAUGAGACCUCGAGCAUCGACGACUUCUCUGCCGGAGUGGCCAACCGGGGCGCCAGCAUACGCAUCCCUCGCCAGGUGGGCCAGGAGCAGAAAGGCUACUUCGAGGACCGUAGGCCUGCGGCGAAUUGCGACCCGUACGCCGUGACGAAGGCCAUCACAACCACCUGUCUGCUUGACUCAGAAGACACAGAAGAGAGCAAGUAG